CAUCAUCUCUUCCCAUUCCUUUGUUGUGAUUUCUCCUCCUCCUCCUGUUCUAUCUCCCUCACCAUGCGCGCUCGCGCUGGGGAUUCGAGAGGGCGAGCUGUCGGCGAAUUCUAGCGGGGUUUUUCUUUUCCUUCCUGGGCAACUGUUUUGGGGCUUGCGGGGGGUGAUGGUUAGAUCUGGUGACCUGUUAGGUACCGUUGGGUUUCGAUUUGCGAGAUCUGUCAACAGGGGCACGGGAGACGUGUAGAUCCGGCUGAUUUGUAAGUUAGUUCCUCGAUCAAAAUGUCGCGGGAGGACAAUGUUUACAUGGCCAAGCUGGCUGAGCAGGCAGAAAGGUAUGAGGAGAUGGUUGAGUACAUGGAGAAGGUGGCUAAGACAGUAGAUGUCGAAGAGCUCACUGUCGAGGAGCGUAACCUCCUAUCUGUUGCCUACAAGAAUGUGAUUGGGGCUCGCCGUGCUUCAUGGCGUAUUGUCUCAUCCAUUGAACAGAAGGAGGAGGGGCGUGGGAACGAGGACCAUGUUACUCUGAUCAAGGAUUACCGUGGCAAGAUCGAGGCUGAGCUGAGCAAGAUUUGCGAUGGUAUUCUGAAGUUGCUUGACUCACACCUUGUGCCCAUGUCUACUGCUGCUGAGUCAAAGGUGUUUUACCUUAAGAUGAAGGGUGAUUAUCACAGGUACUUGGCUGAAUUUAAGGCUAGUGCUGAGAGGAAGGAAGCUGCCGAGAGCACAAUGGUGGCUUACAAGGCUGCUCAGGACAUUGCUCUGGCCGAACUGGCUCCCACCCAUCCCAUAAGGCUUGGGCUUGCACUUAACUUCUCAGUGUUCUACUAUGAGAUUCUAAACUCUCCAGACAAAGCUUGCAACCUUGCAAAGCAGGCAUUUGACGAAGCUAUCUCUGAGUUGGACACCCUUGGAGAGGAGUCUUACAAGGACAGCACAUUGAUCAUGCAGCUACUGAGGGACAACUUGACCCUCUGGACCUCUGACCUCACGGAGGAGGGCGCUGAAGAAGGCAAAGAAGCCUCAAAAGGUGAAGCUGGCGAGGGCCAGUAACUGCGAUUGCUCAAUGGUUCCGCUUGUUUCCGGAGCUCAUUUGGUUUAGAUGCCCUCUGUGCUGUCAAAGGCUGUGCGUUGCGCCAUGGAUGUAUUCUCCAAUUCUAGCUGUUCCUUGUCCUCCCCUCGCCCCAUUUCUUGUGGUAGGCUGGUAGUGGUUGAAUUAGUUCCAUUGCCUUUGCGUUGCUGCUAGUUGGCACUCGGUCCAUGUUUGGACUGGUAUUGUUCUGCUGGAUUUGACUGCAUGUGUGUUAUCUCUCGCUAGUGCUUUUAUUUAUGUCCUCGUUCUCUCAGCAGUCAGUUCUGUUGUGUUCUAAAUUGCCGUUCUCUUUUA